AUGACAAGCAAUAAUACUAGUACUAUGAAUCCCGUGUUUAGAAAUGAAAAAGAGAGUGAAAUGAAUGAAAGGAGGCGUAAAAAUUAUGGAACAUUGGAUCAGUGCGCGGUAGCUCGUAAAAUUGAGGAAGACUCUUCCGAAUCAUUACAAAAUGAAAUACCGAAUUUAGAAUAA